UCAGGGGACUACACAGAUGCCAAUUGGCAAAGCAAGCUUUCUUUCACUUCACACAUAAAACCAUAAAAAUCCCACAUGAACACACACUUUAUAUUCAUUUUCAUGCAAAAAAAGUUGUAAAAAAAAAAAAAAAAAAAUUCAGUUUCAUGUCUGUGUCCAUUAAAGAACAUGAUUACAUAGGGUUGUCAGAGGCAAACAUGGAGAAACAAGCCUAUGAGAUGAUAUACAAUAAUAAAGAUUUGAACUUGAAAGCCACUGAGUUGAGACUUGGUCUGCCUGGCUCUGAGUCACCAGAAAGAGAGGUGGUUGUUCAUGGUGGUGCAAUCAAGAUUAUGGUCGCUGGAGCCAAAAGGGGUUUCUCUGAUGCCAUAAAUGGUGGUUCUCGGAAGUGGGUUUAUGCAGGUGAUGGUGGACAGGAGGUUGGUUUGGUUAAAAAUAGUGGACAGGAGACUGAUGUUUCGGUUUCGCCUGAGCCGGCUUUACCAGAGAUGAAGACUCAGGUUUCUGAUAAGCCAAUUGGUCAAAUUUCUUCUCCUGCUCCCAAGCAACAAGUUGUAGGAUGGCCUCCAAUUCGAUCUUUCCGAAAGAACACCAUGGCUGUUAGCCAAACAAAGAACGAAGAAGAAGGUGAUCAGAAAAUGGGAUCGGGCUGCCUUUAUGUGAAAGUCAGCAUGGAUGGAGCUCCAUAUUUGAGGAAAGUGGAUCUCGAGAUCUAUUCGUGCUACUUAGAUCUUUCUUCAGCCCUUGAAAAAAUGUUUAGCUGUUUCACAAUUGGUCAAUAUGGUAGCCAUGGAGUUCGUACGAGAGAGGGAUUAAGCGAGAGUCGGCUUAUGGAUCUUCUCCAUGGUUCCGAGUAUGUGCUAACCUAUGAAGACAAAGAUGGUGACUGGAUGCUGGUUGGUGAUGUUCCAUGGGAUAUGUUCAUUGCCUCAUGUAAGAGGAUGAGGAUCAUGCAAAGUUCAGAUGCAAUUGGCCUAGCUCCUCGAGCAAUGGAGAAGUGUAGAAAUCGUACCGAGCCCGAUAAUGAAUGAACUUAUAAUUCUUGUGGAAGGAUCAAGUUUCUUGGAAGAAAUCUAUUUGGGUCUUGCUCUAGAAAGGAUGGAAGCAAAGCUUCCAUUUAGAUUCCAAAGUCUUCAUCAAAGUGUCCUAUAUUAUUGUGUUGAGUGUACCACAUCUAUGACUUCUACUAACACUUGCAAUGUUUCUUAAUUUUGUUAUAUGGUGAAAAGGGUAAGACUUUAAUAUGUGAAAA